AGAGGCGGUAUCAGGGGAGGUGGUGGCUCUAGAGAUGGCAGUGAGCGAGAGGAGGGGGCUCGCCCGCCGGAGCCCCCCGGAGUGGGGGCAGCUGCUACUUCUGCUGCUGCUCUUGGGUGGCUGUUCUGGGCGCAUCCACCGACUGGCGCUGACGGGGGAGAAGCGAGCAGACAUCCAGCUGAAUAGCUUCGGCUUCUACACCAAUGGCUCCCUGGAGGUGGACCUGAGCCUCCUGCGUCUGGGCCUCCAGGAGACAGAAGAGAAGGCCCCGCUGGUGGGGUUCAGUCUGACUCGGGUUCGAUCUGGCAGUGUUCGAUCCUACUCAACCCGGGACCCCCACGACUGUCCUCUCUGGAAAAACAGUAGCAACCUCCUGGUUCUCUUCCUCAUCAACACCAAGGAUCUGCGGGUCCAGGUGAGGAAGUAUGGAGAGCAGAAGAAGCUGUUCAUCUCUCCUGGGCUCCUCCCCGAAGCACCUUCUGAACCAGGGCCCUCAAAUCCAGUGCACACCGUCACCUCUAAUGUGGACAGCGGGGCCACCACUACGCUUGACAAGGCCAAGUCGAAACCCACAGUGUCCCAGGGAGAUCAGCAGGGCCCCAGUGGGAAGGACAAGGAACUGAUCCUGGGUCUCGGGCAUCUCAACAACUCCUACAACUUCAGCUUCCACGUCGUGAUCGGCUCUCAGGCGGAGGAAGGCCAGUACAGCCUCAAUUUCCACAACUGUUACAACUCCAGGCCGGGCCAGGAGCAGCCGUUUGACAUCACGGUCAUGAUCCGGGAGAAGAACCCGGAGGGCUUCCUGUCAGCGGCAGAAAUUCCCCUUUUCAAGCUGUAUAUGGUCAUGUCUGCCUGCUUCCUGGCUGCUGGCAUCUUCUGGGUGUCCCUUCUCUGCAGGAACACAAUGACCAAUUCUGGGUUCCGGGAAGGCCUGUCCAAAGUCAACAAAACAGCCAGCGGGCGGGAGCUAUUGUGA